UUUCUUUCUUACUUUUUUUUUUUUUCAUUUAGUGGCAAUAACGUAAUAAUAUGACGUUAACGCCAACUAUUGAAAAUGAUAAUAUAUCUCAUUCUGACUUGGAUCAACAACAUGUUCCUAGUAUUGUCAUAAGUCAGGAGGAUAGUCUUAUCGAAACAAAUGAAAUAUUACCAGUCUCACCUCAAGAAACACAGUUGGAAGAAAUACCUACUCAGCAACCUAGCCCAUCUCUUAUUCAAGAAGAAAGUAAUCAUGUCUCAAUUAACUCCUCUUGUGAUAGUCCUUCUAUUGUACCUGAACUUGAAACUGAACAACCUACAACGGAAGAUAUAAAAGUCAGUAUCACGUCAACCAAAACUCAACCUGAAGUUUCAGCUACCAAUAUUGAUAUGACAACUGAAUCUAUCACGACAACACCAGCUCCUGCAAUGGAUGUAACAGUAGCAGCAGAUACCAUACUUCAAGGUUCAGUGGCUCAAUAUUAUCAAAAUAAGAAUAUUCUUUUGACAGGUGCCACUGGUUUUAUUGGUAAAGCGGUACUUUGGAAAUUGAUUCACUCCCUUGGUCGUAACCUGGGUCGUAUCUAUCUCUUGGUGCGAAAUGGAAAUACAAAACGAAGUAAAAUGGGUCGACCUAAUGAUCGUAUUAAAAAUGAAAUAUUGAACAACAAGGCGUUUGUCUCUCUUCGACAUAGUAUGGGAGAAUCAGUGUUUGAUACUAUUAUUCAAAACAAAAUCAUUCCUAUUAGUGGCGACAUCAUUUCUCCCGACCUUUCAAUGUCUCAUGAAGAUCGUGAAAAUGUGAUAGAAAAUGUACAUGUGGUGAUUCAUUGUGCUGCAACCGUGGAUUAUCAUGAACGAUUGGAUUUGGCUUUAGAGACAAACACUUUGGGUACUUUGCGAUUGAUGGAUUUAGCUGAUGAAUGUGUUCGAAUGGAAUCUUUUGUACAUGUAUCUUUGGCUUAUUUGAAUGCAAACUUACCUGAUGGUCAUAUUCAAGAACGUGUAUAUCCUAUGGAUUUGGGUGAUCCAGAAGAUCUAUUGAAAGAAAUUGUGGCUCUCGAACUACAAGAUAUUCCAAAAAUGACCCAACGCAUCUUACAACACUAUCCAAAUACCUAUACCUUUACCAAAUCAUUGACCGAACAUCUGAUACUAAAACGUGUGGAUUACAAUCGUGUAGAAGAAAUUCAAGGUGGAAAAGCGCAAUGGCCUAUAUCAAUAGUUCGUGCUACUCAUGUGGGUGCUGGUGCUUUGGAACCCCUUCCUGGUUGGGUGGAUGGUGUCACUGGAAUGAAUGGUAUGGUGUUUUUGAUGGGUCAUGGUAUUCAAGUACUUCAACCUGAUAUUGGAAACAAUAUUGCUGAUAUUGUACCUGUGGAUUUCCUUUCUCGUGUCAUCAUUGGAAGCCCAGUUCAUACUUCAUCUCCUGGUGUCAAAUUUGUUCUCCCUUACAAUGAAAUUCUUCGUGAUGAUGAAGAGCCCACUCGACAAAGAUUACCUCAAGUUCAAUACUUUCCUAUCAUCCAUCAAGUAUCAGCUAGGAACAUGAAACCUGUAUCAUGGAAACACAUCUAUGAAUCCGUUCGUCACUAUUGGACAAGAAAUACCAAAGCAACUCUACCUACUGCUGAACAAUACUUUGUAUCCAACAAAUCAUUAUUUAAAGCUCGUUUAUUUAUGAAAUACCAAUUACCCCAAUCAUUGAACGCCGUAUCUGCCGCUAUCAGUGGAAACGGCAGCAGCAAUACCAGCAAUGCAUUUGGAACAAACAAUCGUAUGGAACUGAAUGUGAUCAACCGGACUGUUGAAGUAGCAUCAAGAAUGGCGGAAGCAAACCAACCUUUAUUAAGACAUCAAUGGCUCUUUGAAAAUGACAAUGUAUAUAAAUUAGAGUCACAUUUGGAAGUCGAUCCUGAUUUCCAACUCUCUGGUUUCUAUACAAAUGGAUUUGAUUGGGAUUCUUAUAUGACGAACUUUAGUUAUGGUGCACAUAUUUAUAUUGCUCAAGGCCCUAUUGGUACUCGAAAUUUGACAUUGGCACCUGGUUGGGACUGUGCUCUUUUCUCCAAGGUACCUGUCGUACGGAAUUCAAUCAUUGACCGACAAAUCGAAUCUGUAGUCUUUAGUUUGGCCGACAUACAAAAACGAACAGAUCGCAUGUUGACGCAGGUCAUUACUUCUCUGGAACAACCAACGCUGGCUCAAUUAGGUUCACUCAAUGGAUUGAAUGACAGCAACAAUAGUAAUAACAACAAAAAGUUAUCGGAAGAUUGGAUUGCUGAUUUUGAUACAAGUUUGGACGAUUGGUGUCAUGAUGAUUCAGGUAUCCUUACUGAUGGUAAACAUACAGCGGAUCUUGGUAGAUGGGUAACUCGAAUUGGUGAACAUGAUGAAGCUAUCAAGAUUAUUGUUCUAAAUGAUCGUCGAGUUGGUGCAAGUAUUCGUCAGAUCAUAGAAUCGUCUGGUGUUCCUCAACAAACUGUAGUUGGAGAAGCACUAAAAAUCGUUCAAAGGAUGCGUGAACGUACACAAUUGGCCUAUGUUUGGUUUGCUGGUUCUUUCUUGGAUGCACUAUUCAAACGCCUUUUUGCAUGUAUUCGUGUGCGCGAUGAAGAUAUUUUCAAGUUGAAGGAACAAAUUAAAGGAAAAAAUGUUGUCUAUGUUCCAGUAUCGAAAACGUUAUUGGAUCAACUCUUGGUUUGGUAUAUUUGUCUCCGAUAUCAUUUACCUGUUCCUGCGAUCGUCUGCGAUGAAGCUUUGGCACUUCUUGGACCUAUAUCUGAUAUUCUUCGUAUUGCUGGUGCUUACUUUAUACGACGUGAUAAAAUGACAAGAUCUCCGUUAAACACAGCAGUCGCAGCUGCAUAUACUGAAGCUUUAUUACAUGAACAUGGUGCUCUCUCGAUGUUACUUGAACGGGCGCGAUCUCGAACUGGCCGAAUACAAGCGGUAUAUGCAGAUGGUAUUCUUGAUAUGGUGGUAGAAGCAACGAUAGAAGGAAAUCAACAAGUGCCUAGAACAUUAAACCAACAAUCAUCUCCUCCAUCACCUGCACCUUCUUUUGAUAGUCAUCAAACGACAACAUCUUCCCUUGAUUCAUCGACAGGAAAAGAAACAGUGGUGGUGCCCAUUCAUAUCACGUAUGAAAAGAUACCCGAUCUUCGUAUGUUGAUUGAUCAAGUAUUGGAUCAAAAAGCAAAAGAAGCCAAGGUGGAUCCUCCUGCUACUCUUGAUGGUACUCCAAUGAAAGGUGCUGCAACUACUCGAUUGUCACGUUCAACCUCAUUCCUUCGUCCAAGUACAUCUGUUGCUGGUCGUGCUGCCAGUAAAGAAAAUGGUAUGGUUGAGAAUGGGAAAUAUGGGAGAGUCUACGUUGGUAUUGGAAACGUGGUGGAUAUCAACAAAGCAAAAGAUCAAGUCUUGGACUCUUUGGAUAAGAAUGAAAGUCUCUCUUCAGUGGAUAAACAUGCCAAAAUAGCAGCUCAUAUUGCCAAAUCGGUCCAACACCAACAACACUCAUCCACUAUCGUCAGUCCUGUCUCAGUCAUUGCUGCAAUUGUACUUUUUGGUCGCACAAGCAAUGGUAUUUCUUUGGGUAAAAUCAAUGGACAUGCUGAGUGGCUCAGAAAUGAAGUGAGGGAAAAAGGAAUGUCAAUUGAUUGGCAAGAUGGUGAAGAUGCAGAAACCAUUGUUGCAUACUCAUUGAAUUUAUUGGAUAUCAAGACCAACAUCAUCAUUGAAGGAGGUAAAAGGAUCAAUGAGAAUACAACCAUCCGAGUAGUGGAUCAUGCGGACAAUGUGAUGGAUUUAUCUUAUAUGGCAAAUCAGAUCAUUGAAAUCUUUUUGCCUGAAGCAAUUUUUUCUGUGGUGUACUUAUCCUAUGGACCUAAAAGUGUGUUAACUCGUGAUGAACUAUUUGCCAAAUUUACUUUCCUAGUUCGGCUUUUGAAAGAUGAGUUUAUCUAUACUUGGAAUAUUGUUGAAACAUUCGACCAACUACUGCAAUGGUUUUCUAGUAAAGGAUUCUUAGUUGUCAAAGGUGAUCAUCAAUUUGAAAAAUCAGUGAUGCAUGAUUCUGAUCACAAGGAUUACAACCAGAUAUGCUUGUUUGCUUCAUUUUUAUACCCAACUUUGGAUGCCUAUUGGAUUACGUCUUGUUCAUUGUCGGCUCUUCGUGAUUUACCUUAUAUGCCUCGCAAGAUUGUCCCUGUGCUCUCUCAGUGGAUUGCUGCUCAUCUGAUUAGUGGGCGAAGGACAGUGUAUCGGGAAGUAUUGUCAACUGAAGCAAGUCAAAAUGCUGUGGACAACUUUAUGGCCAUUGGAUUCAUCGAUGCAGUUCACCCCAAGACAAAACUAUCACCCGAUGCUCAAAUAUUAUUAUUGGAACUUGGCAUUAAAACAAAUGAAGAUCUGGUUAUGGUGUCUGAUCGAAGUCAUGGAAAAGACAAUGUCUAUGACGAAAAGAAUGGAAACUCUCAAGUGGACAGCAACAGUGAUAUUUUAUCUCAGUUACUUGAUAUUGCAUCGUUAUGUCAUGAAAUUGAAAAAUAUCGAUUUGGUGCGGGUGAUGCACAACUUCUUGGUUUACGACAAAAUGCACAAGUAUUCGACAAGUGUCAAAAUCAAAUUCGAAGCAUUUUACGGGCAGAGCAAAGUUACUCAAGUCAACAUGGUAUGCAAUUGAUUCGUGAUGAAGAUCAAAUGAUUCAACUGGUCUACUCCUUGAAGGCAUCGGCCAAUGUAGCCUUGACAGCAGAUGGCUCUGGAAAUGGAAGAAACCCAAGACGUGUGUCAGAAGCUUACAAUUUAAAAUCAUCCUACCGGGAUAAUACUCUUUAGCUUAGUUUGAUCUGUAUUCUUUUUCUUUUUCUUUUUUUUUUUUUUUGUUACCCU